AUCCGCGGUCGGUGCCUCCUUCUCUCCUUUCUCCAGAGUUCCACCUAGCUUUACCCCGGGAACCGAAAUGGCCUCCCCUUCGCCUACCAUUGCGAAAGCGAAACCCCGUGGUGGUGGGCCCCUCCUUAAGGCCAGCUCCGGUAACAAUCCCGCCACAAUUCGUCUCAAAGUUGUUGUUCGUCAUCUCCCAAGUUUGAUAAAAGAGGAUGAAUUCAAAAGUCCAAUGGCCGAAUACAUAAACGAGGAGACUGUGGAAUGUGUUUCUUGGGUUCAAGGAAAGAUACCCGAGGAGUAUGCCCCCCCUCCCACCCGUUUUCUUCCAUGCACCGGACUCACUCUUCCACGAUUUAGACGUACAAAAGCACCCAAAGAUUCCCGAUGUGCCAUCAAGUUCAAGAACCCUCUGCAGAUCACGGCUCUUAGUGAGGGACUGCGCUUGCAUGGCCCUUUUACCGAUAGCAAGGGUAACACUACCAACCCUCAAAUGGAAUACUCCCCAUUCCAGAAAUCUCCCAAGAAAUCGGGACGUGUCGAUGCCCGCGCCGGCACUAUCGAAUCCGACCCCGAUUUCAUAGCAUUUGUGACAUCAUUAAAAGCUAUUUCUACGCCUGCCCCCACAGCCGAUGGAGCUACUACCCACACGCCUGCCAAUAUCCACCCCGGUGAAGUGGUUAGUACACCAGCCACCGUACCAGCGAACGAUCCAUUAUCAGUUCCCUUGCCCUUGGUUGAGAAGGUUGACAAACCAAAGACAACCCCGCUGAUCGAGUAUAUCCGGACGCACAAGAAUGGAAGUUCCGAUAAAUCUAGUUCGAGCAAAACAAGCCUCAAAACUGAGAAGCCAAAUAAGGAAUCGUCGUCUACAAAACGUGAAAAACGAAGACUCGAGAAAGCUCGUGCCAAGGGCAAGGAGAGGGAACCUCGUAUUGAUGAAAAGGAAGAAUGGGCCAUUAAACAGGCAGCCCAGGCCAUUGAUACGGAAGCUGCUACCAUCUUGAAGCGUGAGAACUCCAUCGGAGGCCCGUUGUCUCGACAGAACACCAACACUACGAUCUUAUCGCGACAGAAUUCCGGCAUUUCGGGUACCCUAUCCAGACAAAAUUCGGGAUUGACUGGCAGCCUCUCCAGACAAAACUCAGGCCAACCGGAAACGCUGACGAGGCGAGGGAGCAACCUCGCUGGCAACAGAGAAAGGUCAGAGAAAGGGCAAUCCCAGGAAAAAGAAAAGGGUCGUGAACGCCGCAGAGAUAGAGGGGGUGUUUCCAGUGUUGCAGCAAUCCUUGAACGCGACCUCGGAAUCACUCCCCCCACAAGGCGUUCCCGUAACUCGGCAAGAGCGCCUUCCACAAUCGAAACAACUACCAGCACCACCGAUGGUACCCCAACAGCUACCGUGACACCUCCAACACCUAUCAAUCCGGAACCGCAAUCACCCGCGCGCCCGAGACGGCGUGGUGGGCGUGGUUCUGGUGGCCGGCGCCUGGAGCGCGAAGAUAGUAUUGCUUCUAAUUCACCCACCACACCUGGUCCCGCAUCACCGCCAGUGGCACCAGUAGCUAUCCUAAAAAAGUUACCUUCAAACACAUCCACGCCUCCGGUGCCGACAUCAAUUAAUGAGCCACCAGCAGCACCAGGCCUACUCAAAAGAGAAAGCUCCGCAGCGGGAUUGGCACCGCCGACAGGUCCUGCAGCAAGCAUCGGUGGGCCCGACCGAAGCGGCGUGCCUACAGCCCCGAAGGGUAAUGGACGGCAACGAAGGGGUGGAGGAGGACCAUCGCGAGGCGGCGCUGUAUCAGCCGCAGCCCAGGUUGCUAUGGCUAUGGCGGGUGUGCCUACGGCGCCGGCGGGUGACUCGCAGCAGAAG